AUGGAUAUAUUUUCUUCUUUAGAUAGUGGGGAUGUUAUUGUUAUUACGUUAAUAUUAGCUAUAGCUUUAUACUAUUUUUUUUCUAAUUAUUUUUUUGAUAAUAAUUCAUCUAAAUCAGCAAAUACAAUUAUUCUUCAUUCCGCUACAGGAAACAGUACCGUUAGUAAAAAAAAAACAUUCUAUGAACGUAUGGUUUCAGAGAAUAGGCAAGUAUUAAUUUUAUUUGGUAGUCAAACAGGAACUGGAGAAGAAUUAGCUGGUAGGAUGGCUAAAGAUUUAGUAAGAUAUGGUCAAAAAGCAUUAGUAAUAGAUCCAGAAGAAAUUGAACCUGAAGAUAUUGCUAAAAUUACUCAAGUAAAUAAUCCACUUUUAUUACUUUUUGUUGCAACAUAUGGUGAGGGUGAUCCUACUGAUAAUUGUCAACAAUUUUAUGAAUUUUUCCAAAAUACAGAUAUUAAUUUAUCAGGUAUUCGUUAUGCAGUAUUUGGUUUAGGAAAUAAAACUUAUGAAUAUUUUAAUGAAAUGGGUAAAUUUUUUGAUAGAAAACUUGAAGAAUUAGGUUCUGAAAGGGUAUUUGAAUUAGGUUUAGGAGAUGAUGAUUCUAAUUUAGAAGAAGAUUUUAUGAGAUGGAAAGAAGCUCUUUUACCAAAAUUAGGAGAAAAAUUUCAAUGGGAAAUGUCUGCUGAUGCUGUUUUAAUAAGAGAAUAUCAAUAUGAAGAAUUACCAAAAUCUACAACUCCUAUAUUUACUGGAGAAUUUUGUAGAAUAGGUGCAUAUAAUAAUCAAAGAGCUCCAUAUGAUCAACGAAAUCCAUUACUUAGUACAAUUGUUAUAAAUAAAGAACUUCAUACUGAAAAAAGUGAUAGAAGUUGUAAACAUAUUGAAUUUAGUAUUGAAGGUUCUAGAAUGAGAUAUGAAACUGGUGAUCAUGUUGCUGUUUUACCAACAAAUGAUAUUGAAUUAGUUAAUAAAAUGAUUGAACUUUUAAUGAUUGAUGGUGAUACAAUUUUUAAACUAACUAAUAAAGAUUCAGAAAGUACCAAAAAGUUUCCAUUCCCAUGUCCAACAACAUUCAAAACAGCACUUCUUCAUUAUGUUGAUAUUUGUGCACCAGUAAAAUCUCAUGUUUUAAAAGUUCUUGCUGAAUAUGCUAAAGAUGAAAAAGAGGCAGCAUACCUUAAAUUACUUUCAACUGCUAAUGAAGAAGGUUUAAAAGAGUAUGGAGAAUUUAUCCAAAAAGGUAGACGUUCAAUUGUUCAUGUUCUUAAUCAAUUUCAAUCAUGUGUACCACCAAUUGAAUUUCUUUUUGAACUUUUACCACGUCUUCAACCACGAUAUUAUAGUAUAUCAUCAUCACCCAAAACUAAUGCUUCAAGAAUUUCUGUUACAGCUGUUGUAACUGAAUACGAUGUUGAGGAUAGACAUAUUAAAGGAGUUUGUACAAAUUUCUUACGUGAUAAAAAAGAUGGGGCAAGAGUACCAAUUUUUGUAAGAAAAUCAACAAUCAGAUUACCACAUCGUCCAAAUGUCCCAGUUAUUAUGAUAGGCCCAGGGACUGGUCUUGCUCCAUUUAGAGGAUUUUUAGAAGAAAGAAAAGCUCAAAAAGAACAAGGAAAAGAGGUGGGUGAAAUGCAUUUAUUUUUUGGAUGCCGUAAUCCUGAAAUUGACUAUAUCUAUAAAGAUGAAUUAGAAAAUUAUUAUAGUUCUGGUUUACUAACAACGUUAAAUGUAGCCUUUUCUAGAAUUCCUGGAAAAGACAAAGUUUAUGUUCAAAAUCUUCUUUGGGAAAAAAGAGAAGAAAUUUGGAAAAUUAUUGAUGCCGGUGCAUAUAUAUAUGUAUGUGGUGAUGCAAAAAAUAUGUCGAAAGAUGUACAAAAUAAAUUUAUUCAAAUCUUCCAAAAGAUAGGAGGACUAAGUGAGGAUGAAUCAUAUAAAUUAUUAAAAACAUUAGAAAGGCAAAAAAGAUAUCAGACAGAUGUUUGGUAA